CCCUAACAAGAAACCCAAAAAAGAAAAAUGCAUCAUUAUUCAUCUAUCCCUUUCUUCAUUCUAACCAUUAUCUUCUCAACCCUCCUCACCUCAUCCAACUCCCACCGUUGUUCAGACAAAUUCCAAGAGCUCGUCAAUACCCGGAAUCUCUCGAAUUGCCAACGCCUCCCGACGCUCGGUGCGGAGCUCGGUUGGAGCCUCCCUGUAUCCGACAAAUCCCACCACGUAUUUCGAGUCCUCUUUGGCGCCCCGAUGGAAUUCGACGGGGGGUGGUUGGCAUGGGGAGUGAAUCCAGGGCAAAAGCCAGAGAUGGUGGGGACGAGAGCUGUGAUUGGGAUCAAGAACCCUACGAAUGGGUCUACUUAUUGUAGGAGUUAUAAUGUGACCUAUGAGACACGAAUUAAAUGCCCGCUUCGACCGACGAAUAUGGAGGAGAUAAAGUGUACAAAAUUCGAAUAUGAAAACACGACGGAGUACCAUUUGAUUUCCGCUAGUUUGAAUCUUUCGGCUGUGGAUUAUAAUGUUUCGAAGCUUAAUAUUGUGUGGCAAAGUGGAUUAGGUGUUGAGGAAGAUAGGCCAUUAGCGCAUACGGCUACUUUAAAGAAUGUUGAUUGUGUUGAGACGCUUAAUUUGUUUACGGCUAAAAGUACUGAUAUGGCUCACCUCAAGGCUUACCUUAGACAAGUGCAUGGAGUAUUGAACAUUAUAGGAUGGGGAACAUUGUUACCAAUAGGAGCAAUAAUAGCAAGAUUCUUUAGGAAAUUCCCUUUUCAGAGCGAGGUUUGGUGGUUCCAUACUCAUGUGGGAUGCCAAUUUGCUGGGUUCGCCAUUGGCGGGGUUGGUUGGGGGAUUGGAUUGUGGCUCGCACAUAGUUCACCUCGCUACAUUUUCCUAACUCAUCAUGUCUUCGCCAUCUUCAUCUUCGUUUUCGCCGCUUUACAAACAUUGGCAAUAAAGUUUAAGCCCGGACUUACGGACGAAUUUCGAAAAGUGUGGAACAUCUAUCAUCAUUUUCUAGGAUAUGCUUUAUUAGCAUUGAUAUAUAUAAACAUAUUUGAAGGACUGAAAAUCUUGAAGCCAGAGAAUAAAGAGAAAUGGAAAUAUGCAGUGAUUGGAAUUCUUAUAGCAUUAGGGUUAAUCACUUUGGUUCUUGAAGUCCAUACUUGGAGAAAGUUUAUCAAAGAAAGAACUACAAUGAAGAAAUUAGAGUCUCAAUUUCUUAAUCAACCUAAGGCUAAUCAACAACAAGAAGAAGAUGGGAGUGGAACAAUAACUCAAUCACCACCAUUUUCAAGAAGAAACUCUCCCUCUACACCUACAUCAAUGGAAUAGUAAAAAUAUUCAAUUCCAACUUUUUUGUAUGGGAGAGAUGUAUUUUUGAUAUAUACUUUGGACUUUUGUGAUGAUAUAAUUUGUUUUGGUGUUUAAGUUAUUUCGUAAUGUUAAAAUUCACAAGAAAAAGAAACCUAGAAUAUGAUAGAUGCCUUUUUUAUUUUUUUUAAUUUUUUGCUACUACGGUUUGAGAAUUUCAUAUUGCAAAAACAAAUUAAGAGAGAGCUCAAUAAUAAUGUUCGUAAAGAUA